CCACGUGGGGGUGUUCCCCAUCCACCAUUCACUUCCGGGGAGUACAGAGACGCCAUUUUGCGUUUGAUGUUGUUCUUCAAAGUUUGAGACCCUGCAAACCGACCGAAACCUCCCAUUCCCGCGGGAAAUGCGGAGACAAACCAGACUGACAAGUUGUCUAACUUUCCCGUGCAGGACUGUACAGCUAGAGACAGCUGCAGCAACAUUGUAACAUGGACAUGGAAGAUAAGAGCCUUUUUGUGGGAAGGCAAAAGGGUGGUGACAGCCAUGACUGCACUCCUAUCUAUACGGUAGUGACAGCAGUCCUGAGCCCUGACAUGGUGGACAAGCUGCCGACCAGGCGCCGAGAAUUCCUGCAGAAACUGCAGACAGACACGGGUGUGAGCAUCAACCUGCACAAGGGGGGCGGCACCUACGAGGUGGAGGGCAGUCUGGCUCAGCUGCAACAGGUACAUGACAUACUGUCCGAGUUGGUUGGUAACCAGGGAUCUCCACGAGCAAGACUUAAGAAGACAACCAUCCCAAAUGGCCUGCCUUCAGAGGAGGUUCAUGAUGCAUCAGGCACAAAACCCAUUGUGGACAAGGAAGUUUCUGACAAACCCGUCACAAACGGGACACCUAAGUCAAAAGUCUCCCCAUCUGGGAAACCUCGAGGAGAGAUAGUAGAAAAGCGCAAGUCAAGGAAUUCAGAGGACGAUGACGGCUUUGAAAUUAUAGGUGAGGCUGAACAGGAGGAGGCCGCAAGUCAUCAUCAUCAGCCAGCUGUGAGGCCAAAGGUCAGGCACCAGCGGCCAAUGGCAGCCCAGUUUGACAAUCAUGACAGUGUGGAAAAAGCGUCUGGGGCAAAUACGAAGAGCGUACGUGAGAGACAUGAGGAGGAGGGGUCUGAUUUGAGCUCAGAUGAUGAGGACGUGAUGGCACUCGACCAGGACACCUUCAACUACCUGUACCAUGCUUACCAGGACAAGCUGCAGGACAUACGCCGUCAGUACAGGGUCAAGUUCAGGUCAAAGAGCAAUGAGACAGACAUGCUGAAGUUCAAGGUCAUCCCAAAAGAUCCCAGCACAACUCUGGAUCAGCUGACCACUGCCAAGGAUUCCUUCAUCGCCCUGUACCAGAGUGUUUUCCCCAACCUGGUGCAGGAGGUGAUGGAGCUGGCCUAUGACCCUGCUCUGGCGCAGCAGGUCAAAACGGCAAUCGACAAAACCAGGAAAGAUCAUCCUGACGUGUAUGUCCAGGUGGAGAAUAACAACCACCGCUUUGCUUUCAUAGGAGAACAGGUCCAGGUGAUUGAAGCUAAAAGCCAGUUCCGGCAGCUGUCGGGAGUGAUGUCCGGUCUGGUUCGCCAGGUGGGUAGGCACCACACCCUGGGCGGUCACAUCAUCGUCCCAACCAACCUGGAGGACGAGAUACGGGAGGACUUGACGCGUAAUUUGGGCAGCAGCGUCCCAGAGGGGUACCCUUAUGCUGAGGAGAUUGAGCUCCGGGAACGUAAGACCUCAGGAGCCAGUGAGCCAGUAGGAAGCAGAGGGGUCAGGUUUAAGCAACAGAGUGACAGAUAUGUGUUCAGGACAAAGGAAGGCAUUACCGUGUCCAUGUACCAGGGUGACCUGACUCAGGAGAACGUCACAGCUAUAGUGAACGCAGCCAAUGGCUACCUGGCCCAUGCAGCAGGCAUCGCUGCAGCCAUCCAGGAGCAGGCCGGGCCCAGUCUGGAGGAAGAGUGCAGGAAGUACAUCAGUAAGCAUGGCCCUUUGUACGAGACCCAGGUGAUGCAUACCAGCGCUGGGAACCUGCCCUGUCACUACGUCAUCCACGCCGUUGGUCCCAAGUGGCGGGACUACAGCAACAAGACAGAGUGUGCCAGUGCCCUGCGUGUGACCUUUCUGAACUGUCUGGACUAUGCUAAUGAAAAGCUUCAUGCUACAACUGUUGCUCUCCCAGCCAUCAGCACAGGUAUCUUUGGUGUACCAAACGACGUCUGUGCUAAGGCCGUGUACGAUGCUGUCCGAGACUUCAGCAAGUCUCAGUCUCAGCUGGGCAGCCUGGGGGAGGUGCGGCUGGUCAAUGCGGAGCUGGACAUGGUGCACGUCCUGAGACAGAUGUUUGAGGUCAGCAUGAGUCAGGAGGAGGAGGAGGAGGAGGGAUGUCAAAGCCCCAGUUCAGGGAGUGCCUUCAUCAGAAUUUCCAAGACAACAGAAGAGGUUCUUGCAGCCACCUCCCCCAGGGCUGCAAGGAGGAGGGAGGAGGCUGGAGAAGUGGAAGAAGAAGACACAGAAGUGGCCCAGAUCACAGAAAUGGCCCCUGAGGAAGGAGAGGAGGAGCCAGAAGUAGAACCACUUGAGGACAUACACAUAGUAGCAGGCAAACCCAAACUCCUGCACUCCAUUUCUGAUCCGCAUGGAGCCAGUGGGGAAAGGAGAAGGAAGCAGGACAAGAGUGAUGUCAGUUUCACAUCAAUCACUCCAGACAGACCAACAAGAGAUCCCAACCCAACCUUAGAUCAGGAGUCGGCUCCCCCUAGCAGCGAUGACCAGACUGCAGCUGCAGAAGUACCAGGCACUGAUGAGGAUGACCCUGAUGAUAAACGUCCAGUGCAGUUUACAACAAAGCCACCACCAGAGGAAGGCGUUAUGUCUGAGAAGGAAAAAGUUAUCAAAGAUCUUCUGGACAACUUUGAUAAACUGACUGAUACAGAAAGGGGUCUCCUAGACCAGCUCCUGACAGAGACUGACCCACGGUCAGGCCAGUCACAUGGAGUCCACAAGCCUCGUGUACGAUCACGCAGCCUGGACAGGUCUCCCAAGCAACCACCAGGAAGUGUAGAGAGGGAAGCUUCCAGAACAAGGUCACCACUUCGCAGCCAGAAGGCCAGAAGCACUAAGCCUAAAGACAAUUGUCUCUUGUGCAACACAACAGAGCAACUGCGUACAGUCCCCUUCUGUAAGGUAGGGCACAAGUACUGCCUACAGUGUAAGGUGAAGUAUUACUCUCGCCUUCGGACAUGUCCACACAAGGACUGCCACGAACCCGUCACACCAGACUUCCGCAGUGCUUCAAAGAGCGCCUCCAAUGAUACAGAGAACAAACAGUUUACUUCAGCCACCCAGGCUUCAGCCGACCCAAGUAAGGGUCAAAGUGCAGCACGUAUUCACUUUCCCUCUGAUGUGGACAAUGAUCCCUCAAGUCAGGAGCCAACUUAUGGUACUCUGUAUCCAUCGCAUGAAAGUUCCUACCCCUCAGAACAACCAACGAACACGCAAUCCACGGCCGGCAGCCGUUCAAGCUUAAAAAACACCUCGAAUGUGGACGGAAGACGGCGUUCGUCAGACUCAACCUUGAAUCGUGGUGUUGAGCCAGAAAGCCAAUCCCGCAGUGGCUAUGUCCCUGAGACAAGAGUACAUCAUGGAAGCAGCCACACAGCUGAUCCUUCUUCAUUUUCACCAAGAAGACGUGUUUCAGAUUCAGGUGCUUCUUCAACAUACCCAGAACCAACCUCAUCUCAGAGAAUCAGGACAACUUACAGUUUGGGGGAGAAGGCAAGCCAGCAGCACAGCCAGUCCAAAAGGAAACAACGUGGCCUUAUUGUCAAGAGUCUGGCAGAGGACAUUGAUGAUGUUGGCCUGGACUCGGGACAUCCCCGGCAGGGAUGGGACUCAGACACACACAAGGGAAGGGACUCAGAGAACUGCUCUAUUUGCAGGAGCACAUUCAUGAACCCGAAGACACUUCCAAGUUGCGGACAUGUGUUUUGCACUCCCUGUAUCGACCGUGCAAUGCAGAUCAAACCGGUCUGUCCGAUUUGUGGGGAAGUGUACGGCCAAACAUGGGGGUCUCAACCAGAAGGGACCAUGGAGUGGAAAGUGGAUCCGCACCUACCACUACCUGGUUACGAACGGCAGGGGACAAUAGUUGUCAUGUAUGACUUCCCUGAUGGCAUACAAACAUCGGAUCACCCAAACCCAGGCCGUCGCUACUAUGGCUGCCAUCGCAGGGCGUACCUCCCCAACACUGCAGAAGGCCAGGAGGUGUGCAGACUUCUGCACAAGGCCUUCCAAGCCAAGCUGCUGUUCACAGUGGGGCAGUCAGUCACCACAGGCAUGGACAACUGUGUAAUCUGGAAUGACGUCCACCACAAAACAAAUACACACGGAGGCCCAACAAACCAUGGUUAUCCGGAUCCUGACUAUUUGAGAAGGGUGAAAGAAGAGCUGGCAGUGAAAGGCAUUACAACUUUGUGACCAUAUCCGCCCGAUUCAUGUAUGCCCCAUCUUAUUAUAAAUGUAUAAUGUGCCAUCAUUGUCUACAGUACGAUAGAAGUAUCCUUUAUCUAAAGCAUGCAACUGGCAACUACACCCACAAUUGUUAUACUGGUAAUACUAAAUAGUUAAUUGAAAUUGAGUUUGACAUAUUUAUCUGAGCCAACAUAUAUAUACAUGUAGAGAGAGAAAGAAGGUGAUCAGAAAGCUUAUAUUUGUGUGUUUGUGUGGGUGUUCAUUAUUAGAUUUAGCCUGUUUGAAUUUGGGAUGUGGUGCUACUGCCCUUUAGAAAAUGAGUUGGGUGUACAUGUACAUGUACAGUAGUCUAGACAGCUUCUGUUAUCAAAACUAUCACUUCAGUAUGACACCUGGCUGAUUCAGGCCAAUAUUGAUUUCAAGCUGCUUUUAAGAAGAGUCAUAACAGGCUGCUCAUGUAUGCCUCCUCCUAGUAAUGUUCUCUCAAAAGAAGUCUCAAAAGAAGAAGAAUUAUACAUGUAGGAGUAUGCACUACUGUCUACUAGACAAAUUGAGAAGAAAGUUUUAAAACCAGGGUACACUGUACCAUGGUUUGGUUCCAGUACACUUGCUGUCUUAAACUUUUGAUUUUUUUUUAGCCGUUAUUCAUUAUCAUUUUCAUGUUUUCAGAUGAUUUUAUUUUGAGCCUUUUUGGUGUGUUUGGCUGUUUUAUGCCAUCAUUGUAUGAGAUAAUGAUGUCACAUCUGUCAGAAACAUGACAUUUUGUGCAUGAUGGUCGACAACCGGAUCUUUUAAUUAUAUAAGAUCAAUCCCAUUACUAGCCUGAUUUGCCUCUUUGAAGUUUACAUUGUUAUAAUGCUGCAGUGUAGUCUGACAGAAAGUCUUUCCUGAUUUGUUCCUACAUUUUGUAUCCCUACCUUCAAUGCUUUGAUGUACUUGUUUGAAAUCAGAGUAAUGUAAUGUAAUAUGCAUGUAGGAUACAAAUGUACCUCAAUUAUACUGUGCUCAGUGCGCACGUCUUUUGACGUUGUGCAGCACACACUGGUAUUGUAGAGUUAAUGGAAGUUUCCAUAUUAGUAACUUCUUUCAGCAGUAGAUGUCCAACAAGAAACUAGAUGUACUGUUUGAAGACUUUGUCAAUGCUCUGUAAGAAAGUAUUCAUACCAACAUGGCAACUUUGUGAAAAA